AAUGGUUGAGGAGGACAGAUAAUUUUAAAGAUUCAAGGUCUGAUGCUUCCAUGAAGGGCUGAGGAAGGUCUCAGUCCUGUUUUCUGGUACUCAUCACAAAAGAAAUCUGCAAGAGACUCUCCUAACAUUUCCACAAUGAGAAAAAGGAAGACAACAGAUUCACCUCAUUCAGCCACAGAUCUAAGUAAAGGGAAGGAGAAAUUAAGACUGAAGCAAGAGGUCGGUCUGAUUAGUGGAGUGUCAUUAAUUGCAGGCACCAUGAUAGGCUCGGGGAUCUUUAUGUCCCCUGAAUGGGUACUAUAUCAUAUGGGGAGCCCUGCCAGCAGCCUGCUUAUCUGGGCAGCAUGUGGUCUCCUGGCCAUGUUUGGAGCCUUGUCGUAUGCUGAGCUUGGAACCAUAAUUAAAGAGUCUGGAGGAGAAUACAUUUACAUCUUGAGGAUUUUUGGUUCUUUUCCUGCUUUUCUUUUCGCCUACACUUCUGUUAUCCUGGUGAGGCCAGCUGGUUUGGCAGCUGUCUGUCUGAGCUUUGCUGAAUAUGCCACUGCACCUUUCUACCAAGGAUGCUCAUCUCCACAGGUUGUCGUCAAAUGUACAGCUGCUGCCUGCAUCCUGCUUUUAACUAUCAUCAACUGUCUCAACGUGAGGCUGGCGACAUCUAUUAUGAACAUUUUUACAGCUGCCAAACUCUUGGCUUUGUUGGUGAUUGUGGUGGGUGGUUUGGUUCUGCUUGCCAAGGGGCAAACUCAGAGUUUUCAAAAUGCUUUUCAAAACACAAGUGCAGGUAUUGGGGCAGUUGGAGUGGCGUUUUACCAGGGACUCUGGUCCUACGAUGGGUGGAACAACCUGAACUAUGUAACUGAGGAACUGAAGAAGCCUGAGGUGACCCUUCCCAGAGCUUUGAUGAUUGCCAUUCCUUUGGUUACAUGCCUGUAUUUGCUGGUAAAUGUGAGCUACUUAGCAGCCAUGACUCCAUCUGAACUGCUGUCUUCAGGAGCUGUGGCCGUCACUUGGGGGGACAAAGUCCUGGGCAGUUGGGCAUGGCUCAUCUCCCUGUCCGUGGCACUGUCUACGUUUGGUUCAUCGAACGGCACGUUCUUUAGUGGAGGCCGUGUGUGCUACAUUGCUGCAAGGGAAGGCCAUAUGCCAGACAUUCUGUCUAUGGCUCAUGUGCGGUGCCUCACACCCUCCCCUGCUCUGCUGUUUACAUCUACUGUAUCUUUAAUAAUGAUAAUAUCAGGAAGCUUCACCAGUAUCGUGAACUUUUUCAGUUUUAUAGCAUGGAUUUUCUAUGGCAUGACUAUUUCUGGUCUCCUGUAUUUAAAAAUCAAGAAGCCAGAACUGCCAAGAUCUUACAAGGUUCCAAUUAUCAUCCCUGUAAUCGUGCUGAUGGCAGCUGUGUACCUGGUGUUAGCUCCCAUCAUUGAUCAACCCCAAAUUGAGAUCCUCUACAUUGUCCUGUUCAUUUUCAGUGGCAUCAUUCUUUAUUUCCCACUAGUUCGCUUCAAGUGCCACCCUUGCUUUUUACAGAGAGUCACUUUACAUCUCCAGUUGUUCCUGGAAGUUGCUCCGACCACCAGGGAUGCAGACUGA